GCAGUCUGCAGGAGCGCACAGCUUCAGAGGGGACUGUCCUGAGCAGCGACAAGAGAACGCCAACCAAAAUGCUGGCCACCCACUACCUGCCCUGCUGCACUGUCACUCUAUUAGUGCUAUUAAAGCUGACCCUGGCCCAGUAUGAGCACCUUGGCUACCCGCCUGGUUACCCAGACCCGGAGCAGGAACAGUACACCGCCCCGCAGCUGGCACCAGACACGCCUAGGAUUCAGCUCCGGCUGGCAGGAGACAAGAGGAAGCACAACGAGGGCCGCGUAGAGGUUUUCUACAACAGCGAGUGGGGAACCGUCUGUGAUGAUGACUUCACUAUCCACGCCGCUCAGGUGGUGUGCCGGGAGCUGGGCUACCUGGAAGCCAUCUCAUGGUCUCCAUCCUCUAAAUAUGGGAAAGGACAAGGACCCAUCUGGUUCGACAAUCUCCACUGCACUGGCAAAGAAAAGACAUUGGCGCUCUGUCCGUCCAAUGGGAUCGGUGUUUCAGACUGCAAACACAGUGAAGACGUAGGCGUGGUGUGCAGCGACAAGAGGAUACCAGGGUUUAAAUUUGUCAACACCCUGCCCAACCAUGUAGAGAACCUUGAUAUUCAAGUGGAGGACGCGCGCAUCCGACCAAUUCUGUCAUCGUACCGUAAGCGGAUCCCUGUAACCGAGGGCUACGUGGAGGUCAAGGAUGGUGGUAAAUGGAAGCAGAUCUGUAACACUGAGUGGACCCAGUUCAACAGCAGAGUCAUCUGUGGCAUGUUUGGCUUCCCCGGGGAGAGGAAGUACAAUGCCAGAGUCUACAAAAUGUUUGCUCGCAGGAGGAAGCCCACAUACUGGGACUUCUCUGUCAACUGCACUGGCAAUGAAGCCCAUUUGUCCAGCUGUAAACUGGGCCAGGCCACAUCACUGAAGUCCAAUGGCACCUGUGCUGAAGGCUUGCCUGUGGUGGUGAGCUGCGUGCCAGGCAGAGCCUUCUCCCCGACGCCCAUGACGGGAUUCAGGAAGGCUUUCAGACAAGAGCAAGCGCUGGUUCGUCUUCGCGGUGGGGCCAUCGUAGGCGAGGGCCGAGUGGAGGUGUUGAAAAACGGAGAGUGGGGCACCAUAUGUGAUGAUAACUGGAGCCUGCUGUCUGCCACCGUGGUGUGUCGAGAGCUGGGCUUCGGUACGGCCAAGGAAGCCCUGUCUGGAGGUCGCCUGGGACAAGGUAUGGGCCCGGUGCACAUGAACGAGGUGGAGUGCUCAGGAUUCGAGAAGUCCAUCACAGAGUGCUACUUCAACAAGGAUGCUCUGGGCUGCAGCCACGAGGAGGACGCAGCCGUCAGAUGUAACGUCCCUGCUAUGGGCUUCCAGGAGCGGCUGCGUCUGAGUGGAGGUCGUAACCCCUAUGAGGGCCGUGUGGAGGUGCUGGUGGAGAAGAAUGGCUCUCUGGUGUGGGGGACGGUGUGCAGUGAAGGCUGGGGAACCAUGGAGGCCAUGGUGGUUUGCAGACAGCUGGGCCUGGGCUUCGCCAGCAAUGCUUUCCAGGAGACGUGGUACUGGCCGGGGGAGGUGAGCGCAGACGGUGUGGUGAUGAGCGGCGUUCGCUGCUCAGGUACAGAGAUGUCUCUGUCCUACUGCCUGCACCACGGAGCCCACCUCAGCUGCCCGAAAGGAGGAGGACGCAAUGCCGCCGGAGUCUCCUGCUCCGAGACGGCUCCUGACCUGGUGUUGAACCCUCAGGUGGUGGAGCAGACCACCUACAUGGAGGACAGGCCCAUGUUCAUGCUGCAGUGUGCCUACGAGGAGAACUGUCUGGCCUCCGCCUCCAGCGCGGUUCCCGCCAACUCCUACCGCCGCCUUCUGCGCUUUUCCUCCCAGAUCCACAAUAACGGCCAGUCUGACUUCAGGCCUAAAGCCAGCAGACACUCCUGGGUGUGGCACGACUGUCACAGGCAUUAUCACAGCAUGGAGGUGUUUACGCUCUACGACCUGUUUAGCCUCAAUGGAACCAAAGUGGCAGAAGGACACAAAGCAAGUUUUUGCCUGGAGGACUCAGAGUGUGAUGAAGGUAUUGAGAAGAGGUAUGAAUGUGCUAACUUUGGAGACCAGGGUAUCACCGUGGGCUGCUGGGAUACCUACAGACACGAUAUUGACUGCCAGUGGAUCGACAUCACUGACAUCAAACCUGGAGAUUACAUUUUCCAGAUAAUAAUUAAUCCCAACUAUGAAGUGCCAGAGUCAGACUACACCAAUAACAUCUUGAAAUGCAGAUGUCGAUAUGAUGGCCAUCGCGUGUGGAUGUACAGCUGCCAUAAUGGUGGCUCCUUAAGCACUGAAACAGAACAAACGUUCCCAGGCCUGCUCAACAACCAGGUGACCCACAGGUAAAGACAAAGCAGAGGACGACUGGCCGUUCCCUCCAGCAGGGGAGACCGUCUGAAGCCCACCAACCACUACACAGCUCCAUCAGUGGUGGAUUCUUCCUGCUAGCCCUGCCCUGGUCAAACCAUCUUUUUUUUAUGUUCCCUUCGUCCGUGUGGCAGCAGCUUUCUUUGACCCUCCACCCUCCUUCUUCUCCCAGUAGAAAGAAUAUUUGAUUCUCCCUCCGUUCCGAACAGAGGCAGCUGCAGCCUCACCAACACUCCCUGGUUAAGAUCAAAGCGAAGCUCUCUGUGUGCCCUGUGUGUUUUUAUUUGAAUAUUUUGAGUGAUGGAAUAAACCUGCUGGGAGGUGGCAGGUAUUUUACACAAGGUGUUUUCUUUGAAGUGCAGCACUUUAACAAUGCCCUGCUGCUCACCCUGGAGAGUUUGGAUGUCUGUGCCAGGUCGCCUGAGGAUUUUAAGGAAUCAUCAAUAGCAACAGCAGUGGUCUGUGUUCGGAAAUAAAUGCAGUAUUCUUCCACUUUUCACACAGUCUCAUAAAGUGCCUUCAACACACUGAAGUCCGCAUACACUGAGGGUAUAUCACACAGGCAAAAUGAACAUUUCUUUUGCAUGACAGUUAAUUAAGCUGAAAAUACAAUUUGACAUCUUCACUGAGGAGUUUGUGCAAAUUAAGCUGGGGCACAAGCAAGUCCUCAAAAAGCAAACAGCCUGUUCAUCGCAAGUGCUUAUUACAAGUGCUACUUACCAGGUCCGCCUGUAAGACUAAUCCACCAAGGCUGAAAUGCUACAUGCUAAAGUGCCGUAAAGUGACCCAAAGCUUUUAACAAAAUAAUAAUAAUUGGGAAAUUUAUUUCAUAUUUUCAUAACAUUUUGAUCUGCUCUGCGUGAAGUCUGAAGUUCACAUUUCAAAGAGCAGAUGCAUCAGGGGGAGGUGGUGUUGCAAAGUGAGUUGGGAGCAGUCUCAGUUUGUCCAAUAAUAAAAUUAUGUGAUCAAAGAGAUUUCGUUUUUUUACCAGCACUGGCCGAUAGCCUUUCAGUUUUUGUAAACAGCUAGUUAGAAGUAAUAUUCUGAUUCAGAUUUGGGUAAUUUUGUGUACUUUGUGUACCAUUUGUCAUUGGGGGGAAGAUUAUCUUCCGGACAUUGUCUCGUUGUCUUGAUAUGUUCAUAACUCUUUCCUCUUUAUAUUUAGCAAUAUUUUGUUUUUGAAGCUAACAUGGGAUCUCAUGUUUCUUUUCUCCUUGUUCAGUGUCAUUACAAAAUUUCCCAUAUCAAUUAAACCUACCAUCUUUAAAGAGCAACUUAACAUCUCCUAAAAAUCUAAAAAGCUCGCCUCCAGUGGUUUAACAUCUUAUCUUGCUGCAGUGAUGUAGAAGUGUACUCAGGGUGUGUCAGUACACCGUGACAUCACUGUCGGGUGUGGUCACUGCUGCGACAGAACCAGGGAUGUAUAGUAAGAACUUGAGACUACAAGAUGACGCCCACUCACAGCACAUGUAUUAGUGUUUUCCCUGUUUGUCCCACCUGUCUGUUCCCCCUCAGCCCAAAGACUUCAUAUUGCGAAGAUGUCACACAGGUAGAAAGAGUAAAAACUGACCUUAUUUGCAGGUAGAACUUACCUGCAGAUUCAUUUUGCUGUAUCACUUUCUGGUGUGACCAGACCUCAAAGCUGAACAACAAUCCACAUUAGCUCUCUGGCUAAUGUUUUCUUCAUAUCUACUGUACUAACGUGAACCUUAGUUUAGCUUAACUGCAUGAGCUAUCAACAACCAGGGCGGCUUGCAGGGUAGAUAGCUUGUUAGCUUGUCAGCUGCGAGACAUUGUACAGCUUAAAAAUUUACCAGCACCACUGAUAACAAAAUGCAAUGGGUCCUAGCUCGUAAACUAGAGUUACCAGAGUUUGUAAGUUUGUUUACAUAUGUGCCCAAGCCCCUUGCAGCUCAGCUGUCAAUCAAACAUGUGCACAUGUACACCCAUUCAGAGGCUAAGGGCAUUUCUGCUGCUUCUCCACACAGCCUUCUUUCUUUUAAUAAUAAUAAUAAAAAAAAAUAAUGAUCUUUCUUUUAAAAUCACUUUGAUUUGUGCUUUAUGACACUUCAGACUAUAUGUUGCUGCAGUGUAUCUUCAGUCUUCCACAGCCAGUGGCACUCUGUUGGUUCCGUUCUACAGUAACAUGCUUUCAAACAAAGGAAAGGUUUUAGCCAUUUCCCCCUCACUGCUUUAUAUGGUGUCUUUACACGGAAACAGAAGAGCUGAUUUCCAGCCUGUUGUGGCACAGAUAGCAUCUUCUCUUCACAGAGAGAGCACCUGCAGUAGUAUUUCUCCAUGUUUAGACAGUCAAAGUUGCAGAUAUUCUUUUUCUAUUCUCACAAUUUAAAUAACAAACAUGCUAGAUACUUAAUGUUAUUGAAGUUACAUUUGUAUAGGUUUAUUCCUCGUUUUAAGAAAAAAACAUUGUACAAUAUUGUGUGUGAAUCCUAUUUUAUUGUACUUUUUAUAAUGGUGCUAUCAAACUGGUCCUCUGUUUUCUGAGGGUACAGUACAUGUUGAACAGCUACAUUAUGUAUACUAACAGUAUACUUGAACUGAGCGUAAGAAAUAAUGUGCUUUGUGCGUUCAACUAUAAUAAAGGUCAGAGUU